AUGGCGGGCGGAAGGGCAUACGCCAGGGCCUCCCGGGCUGAAGCCUCCAAACAUGAAAAAGGCCCCGAAGUCACCUUCCCGACCGGGGGACCUGAACCAGCCGAACAUGAUGACGCGUUGGUAAUAUCAGUCAGAAUCGCCAACGCGCAAGUGAGAAGGAUCAUGGUCGACACUGGAAGCUCGGCCGAUAUACUUUACUGGGACGCCUUCCAAAAGCUCGGUCUGGUAAAGGAGAACAUGAAGCCGGUAUGCUCAACACUCACGGGGUUCACCGGCGCCUCAAUCUCGUCACUAGGGGUCAUCACCCUGCCCCUAACUUUGGGAGUCUUCCCGAAGGCAAAAACAGUGAUGACCUCCUUUCUGGUGGUCGACCUCCCCACGGCAUACAACGCCAUCCUCGGACGGCCAACCCUCAACAAGACUCGAGCCGUCAUCUCAACUUACUACCAAACCAUCAAGUUCCCGACCCACGAUGGGGUCGGGGAAGUGGCGGGGAACUCCUGGGAAUCCAGGCGCUGCUACUUGACCGCUGUGUCACUAAACAAGAGAGCGAGGAUCCAAUCCCCGCUGGAAGACCCCCGGGAGGGAAAAAAACCGACCCCCCGCCUCGAGCCGAAGGAAUCCACCAUUGACUUGCCACUGAUCGAAGGAAGGCCCGACCAAACAGUCAAAGUCGGGUCGGGACUGCCCGAACAAGAGCAACAGCAGCUCGUCGGCCUUCUACGAGCCAACGCUGACAUCUUCGCUUGGACGCCGACUGACCUAGUCGGAGACCACCCGGAAGUCGCGCUGCACCACUUGAACAUCUCGUCCGACGCCCGCCCGGUAAAACAGAGACCCAGGCGGCAGGCCCCGGAUCGGCAACUGGCCAUCCGAGAAGAGGUAAACCGACUUCUGGCGGCCGGUUUCAUAGAAGAGGCGAGGUACCCACAGUGGCUCUCCAAUGAUGGCACCCGAAGACCAAGAACACACAGCCUUCCUCACCGAGCAAGGGAUAUAUUUUUACAAAGUCAUGUCGUUCGGGUUGAAAAAUGCCGGGGCAACCUACCAGAGGAUGGUGAACAGGAUAUUCGCCACCAGAUUGGACGAAACAUGGAGAUAUAUGUCGACGACAUGAUCGUAAAGAGCCGAACGGCGGAGGCCCAUCCUUCCGACCUAGCUGAAACAUUCGACACCCUGCGAAGGUUCGGCCUGCGCCUCAACCCCGCCAAGUGCGCCUUCGGCGUGACCUCAGGAAAAUUCCUCGGAUUCAUCAUACAUGAGAGAGGGAUUGACGCCAACCCGGAAAAGAUACAGGCCAUCAUUGACAUGCAGCCUCCUCGGACGAUCAGAGACCUGCAGCGCCUUAACGGGAGGCUAGUCGCGUUAUCACGUUUUCUUUCUCGAUCGGGAGAUCGCUGCCUCCCCUUCUUCCAGGCCCUGAAGGAUCCGAAGAACUUCCGAUGGACGACGGAAUGCGAGAGGGCCUUCGAGCGGAUGAAGCAACACCUGGCCAACCUCCCCCGACUCGCUUCAGUCUCCCCUGGGGAGAAAUUGAGUCUCUACCUCGCCGCCUCCCAGCACGCGGUCAGUUCGGUUCUGGUCAAAGAAAACUCCGGCGACCAACUGCCGGUCUACUAUGUCAGCCACAUGCUGAGCGGGCCAGAAGAACGCUACCCGCCAAUCGAAAAGCUGGCGCUGGCGCUGGCGCUGGCGCUCGUCCUGUCGGCGCGAAAGCUCCGCCCUUAUUUCCAGGCCCACCCGAUAGAGGUAAUAACUGACCAGCCGCUCCGGCUUGUUCUGUCUAAAUUCGACGUUGCAGGGCGUCUCCUCAAAUGGGCAGUGGAGCUCAGCGAGCACGACAUACAGUAUAUACCACGGACCGCCAUCAAAGCCCAGGCCGUGGCAGACUUCAUUGCAGAGCUGACCCCGAACACAGGCGAGGAACUCGAGCCACCGCGUGAGACGUGGACCCUCCACGUAGACGGGUCGGCCAACGCAAAACGCGCCGGUGCAGGGCUGGUGCUGGUGACACCUGACGGCCGCUCGAUCGAGCGCUCCUUCCGCUUCGGGUUCAGGGCCACCAACAACGAGGCAGAAUACGAGGCUCUCCUGGCGGGGCUCCAGUUGGCACUGGAAAUGCGGGUGACCGACAUACGCGUCAUCACCAACUCACAGCUGGUGGCUAGGCAGCUCGACGGCGGAUACGAAGCCCGGGACCCGACUAUGGCGAAAUAUCUGGCACAGGUAAAAAGCCUUGCCACCAAGUUCGCCCAUUUUGAAUUGUCGAAUGUUCCCAGGAGCGAGAACCAGCGAGCCGACACCCUGGCAAAAUGGGCGUCCGGCUCGGCCCCCUAG